AUGGCAUCCGUCACAUUGACCGAUUUCGCACUUAUCCGUCGUCGACGAAAAUGGAACAAAAGGAAGGCAAUGACAAAAAUAGUUCCCGUGCCCACUCCUACACCUACACGGAGUCCGGCUUUGCCGCCACCCGAGAAUCCUGAAGACUUCGAACUGGAGGAUGUUGCCGAGAGACCAUUUGAGACACUAGUAGAAGUCGACAUCGACAUUGUCGAAGAACCCGUUGAAGUCGACGCUUGCUCGCCCAAUUACCGAGUUAUCGUGAUGCUAUUUGUAGUAUUGCAGCAAGAGCCAUCACUCGUCCAGUCCGUGGUCGUACACUGGUCGCGCCAGUAUGUGUCCGUUCUCAAGACAUUUGUCUGCGGUGAGUCCACCAUCGAGGUUUCCGCCGCUCGGGUUUGUGCGAUUGGUAGCGCAGCACAUGCUCGUCGUGCCACUAAAGAGAAAGAGACAGCCUGGAAGUUGGACUAG